GGAACGCAACGCAGCGCAAAGUCCAGAACGAGAAGCCACGCCACACCAACCCGAAAAUAGAGGGAGAGAGAGAGAGAGAGAGAGAGAGAGAGAGAUUUCCGACGCGCGCGCGUCCCCCCUUGCCGGAUUUGAAUCUGCUCGGAGUGCGGUAUCGCCUGUUGGCGCCGCCGCCGCGGGGGCGGUUGGGUCGGACGGACCCCGCUCGAUGGCGGAGGGCUUCGGGCGGUGGGAGGCGGAUCCGCUCUUCCCCGCCGCCGAGUGCGUGCAGGACUCCGCCGACAGGAUGGAGGGUGUCUAUCGCUUGCUCUUGCACGAAAGAAAACUGAUACAAGAUGAUUCUUCACAUACCAAGCGUCAUGUAUCAAUACAGUACGAGAGAGAUGUGUCCACUGCUCUUGGAACAACAAAGUGGCAGUUGGAGCAAUUUGAGAGAGAAGUGAAUACAGCUGCAUUGUCUAAUAAGUCGAAUUCAAGGGAAAAUGCCAUCUUGCAAUUUAGGCAGUUUAUCAGAGCUAUAGCAGAGCAAAUUUCUCAGGUGGAAGAUAGUUUGGAGAGUCUUAGGACUGAUUCCAGUAGAACUCCAAAACAUUCAUACUCAACGGAACAUGAUGAAUUGGCUUAUUUUCUUUCUGGUAGCAACAGAAACAAUAAUCAUGUGUUGUAUUCCACCGACACAGAUGAAAUUGUUGAGCUCAAGCUUGAUAGUGUUCCUGCAGUGAAUGGUUGCCAUUCUGGCCAAGAAUGUACAUCAUGUGAAUUCAGAUAUUCAGGAAAGGAUGUGGAAGGAGCAGCCCAACCUCAAUGUUCUUGUGGGGGAAGUGCAUGUGAAGGGGGUCAUAAUGAUAGCAGUAUGCAUAGUUUGGAUUCUGAUGAUUCAGUAGGUAGGAAGCAUCAUUUCAAGAGCAAACUGAGCAGGAAAUAUCAGAGUUUUAUGAGAAAUUUAUGGUUUACAAAUAGAAGACAUGAGAGCUUUACAAAGAGGAGGAAAGAUGGAGAAGUUUUGGAGAGCUUGAGAAAUGGAAGUACACUACCUUCAUUCAAUAUACCUCCAUCUGGAAGGGCCAUGUAUUUCUGGCCUGAGCUUAUCAAGAGGAGAUUAAGUACAUUGGAAUGUUCUACACACCAAAAACGUCUUCAAGUUCGGUCAGCAACAGUACUACUAAUUGCACUUGCUGUACUUGGCUUGCUGGUUUUGCAUGGGAGAUGACUGCGGGUAGUAUCCAGUUUUGGUCCCUGUUGUGUAUGUGUCGCCAUGUGUUGCAUUCUACCAAUCAAUCUAUUUCAUAGUUCCUGAUGAAGAAGGAUCCAUGUGCUAUGAAGAUCAUUUGCUACUUCAUACUGCCAUUCGAUGAAGACAUAGGUUUUCUGAAGUUUGAUUGCUCCUAGUCUGGCCCAGCAUCGACAUAUCCUGUGAUUCUCCACCAAUCCACGUUUUCGUUCAGACCUGCCACGUGAAUACACGAUGUAUUGUGAAUUAUGAUACUGGCGCAGUCAAGUAAUCAACUAUGGCCAGGUCAGUGAGAUGAUAAAGCCUGUCCAGAUUUUUACGGUAGCCAUCCUGUUAAUAUAUUCUACCCAAAGGAAGGCGCUCGAAUUUAAUGCAUUGUGGGCUUGUGACACAGCCAAGUGGCUCUGUAGCUUGCUAGUGAACUGUUUUCAAUUCCGUUCAACCAUGGGCGCUGGGUUGUUUGUGUGUGUUUUCCAGUUUGAUUCCCUGAUUGAACCUGCAACUUUGUCUGUAAGCGUGAGGUUGGCCGCAACUUUGUAUCCAAAAAAUUGCAGCACUUGAAUCGAACUGAUUCGUUGUACAAGUUUGUGACUGUCCCUAAUCUGGUGUUUA